CCUGGGAACGCAUCUGCGGGACCUCCCAGCUUCAAGGGUAGACUUGACCCAACUCGACGUGGGGAGAAUGUGGAACAAAUUCCGCUCACAACGUCUGAAUUCUAGAAGUUAGCUGUAGGCACCCGCAGUGGGCUGAGAUAUUUGCGGCACGGUGGUUCUCUUUCUCCUCUUUCACUUGUGAUCCUCCCAGUUCAAGUGUCAAACACAAAUCCGCGUUGAGAACAUUCCAAACACCGAACAGGUUAUCUCCGUAGAUUCUACCAUGGCCUCAAAAGCUCAAGGAUCACUCCCAUCUCCUCACGAUCCUCCACUUACGGCAAUUGUCAUAGGCGCCGGUCUAGGGGGCUGCGCGGCCGCCGUCGCACUGCACCACCACGGCCAUCGCGUCCUGUGUGUUCUUGACAAGGUCCGCGCCUUCACGCGGCUCGGAGACUCCUUGGGUCUGGGGGAGAAUGCGUUCAAACUGCUUGCAAGGUGGGGAUGCGAGACGGACGAGAUCAAGAGAAUCGGCAACCAGGCAGAGAAUAUGACAAUUCGCCGCUGGAGCGACGGGAAGGAGCUGGCUGUGCAGCCGCUGAUGGAUAUGGCCGGAUACAUCGGACACCGUGGAGACUACCAUGACGUGUUUCUUGAGUGGGUGAGGAGACGGAACAUCCCUAUACGAAUGGGCUGCGAGGUCGUGGCUUAUGACGACGUCGAUCCACAACCGGCCAUAACUCUGAAAUCUGGAGAGAAGCUGACUGCGGACAUCAUCGUUGCUGCGGACGGCAUCAAGAGUCUGGCCAGACCGCUGGUUCUGGGCACGCGAGAUGACCCUGUGAGUUCGGGGUAUGCUUGUUUCCGGGCGUUCUUCCGGCCGACCAAGGCGCAGAGAGAGGACGAGCGGCUGAACAAGUACAUGAAGGAGGACUGCGUCAACUUUUGGAUUGGCCCUGACUUGCAUAUCGUGCAAAAUACGCUGAGGGGCGGCGAAGAGUUCAACUGGAUACUGACGCACAAGGACGACGGAGACGUGCCUGAAAGCUGGUUCCAACCCGGUGACAUGGACGAGGUGAGGAGAUUGGUGCAGACCCUCGAUCCUGACAUAAGAGGUAUCAUCCAGGCCACAGAGCAAUGUCUCGAUUGGAAGAUAUGCUACCGUAAACCCUUGAGCACCUGGGUGAGCCCCAAAAGUCAUCGGAUAGUUUUGUUGGGCGAUAGCUGCCACGCCCAUUUGCCCACUUCUGCACAAGGUGCCAGUCAAGCGGUCGAGAGCGCCGGCGUGCUUGCGGUAUGUCUCAAGAUGAUCCAGGGAAAAGACGACGUCGGUAUUGCAACCAGAUGCUAUGAGAAGCUGAGGUUUGCGAGGACGCGGGCAAGCCAGACCAACGGGGAAGAUUUGCGCGAAAGGUGGCACAAUUGUUUGAAGAAGGUCGACGAAAAGCGGGAGAUUGAUCCCGAGGAUGUGAAGAUCAAGAACCGCUGGCUAUAUUCAUUUGAUGCCGAAGAAGAUGCGACCAAGCGGUGGGAGAGCACGCGGGCUACUGUGGUUACAGAGCUCAGCAAUGGAACAAUAACUCCCUUGUGCUGAUAUGGCAUGUAGCGGGAUACCUCGUGUCGAAAUCUUGUAAAGUAUCCUAGCAUCAGGAAAUCCUCGAGACCUACAAAUCCCCACGGAAAUCGCUUGCAGCAUAUAUGGAGCUCUCAACUGCGUGAACCCCUCGUUGUGACAGCUGGAAUGCAAUUAUGAAGGAAGUGAGCUCCUGGAGAUGCGGCUCCGUGGGAUCGGAGGAGUCAUUGGGCGACCAUGCCUAAAGAAUUGGAUGGUUCCGUUCCCUCAGGCAGAAGUUUCUAGUCGGGGUCCCGGCUCCCUCAUCGUGUCGCCAUGUCGGGGAAACCAGUUGAGAUCGUGUACACACGCUUGACUGACACUCCAGGAUUGCACACCUUCAACGGUUGAGUUCAUUAUUUGUCUUGGGCUGCUGAGGUCUUGUCGUCACCCGUGGGGAAGUUCUUGGGAAAGAAGUUGG